AUGGCGGGACUUACGACCGACCAGUCUUCCGGUCAAAAGUACGUAGUACUGAAGUCAGCUGAGGGUACAACUGCCGAGAUAUUUCUGCAUGGAGCACAUGUGACGUCCUGGAAAACAGUGAGUGGCGAGGAGGUUCUAUUCGUGAGCAAGCAGGCUGUAUAUAAGCCUCCCAAAGCCAUCAGGGGCGGCAUCCCAGUGUGUUUUCCUCAAUUCGGUGGGUUUGGACCUCUCAGUCAGCACGGCUUCGCACGUAACAGCGAGUUUGCAGUCACAGACAGUGCAGCCGACUCAGUGACGCUAUCACUCACACCGAGCAAAGAUCAGCUGCAGCUCUUUCCCCAUCCGUUCGAGCUCAAAGUGAAGGUGGAUGUGGGUAAUGACGUGCUGGAGCAGACACUGACUGCCACCAACACAGGCAGCAAGGCAUUUGAGCUCACCGCCGCCCUGCACACAUACUUCAGCAUUUCCUCCAUAGACAAGGCUCGGGUGGAUGGCCUGAGCGGGGUGGAUUACCUGGACAGCCUGCAGGACAAGAGGCGGCUGACGGAGAACGGCGCUUCCGUUCGCUUCGGCGGCGAAGUCGACCGCAUCUACCUUGCAACUCCCAGCCGACUUGAGGUGGUGGAUGAGGGCAGGGGGCGCGCAGUUGUUGUGGAGAAGCAGGGCUUCCCGGACGCUGUGGUCUGGAACCCCUGGGUGGACAAGGCGGCCGGCAUGGGCGACUUUGGGGACGACGAAUACAAGGAGAUGGUGUGCUUGGAGCCUGCCGUGGCUGGCAGCGGUCCAGUCACCCUGCAGCCAGGCGCCACGUGGACUGCCAAGCAGACGCUGUCCCUGCGCCAGCUGUGA